CCAGAUUCCGCCACUCCACCCCCACUUCUUCCUGUUUUCUGCGACUCUCCGCCACAUCUCUUUCUCCCUUAUUUUUAUUUAUAUUUUCGUGAGAAAGGGAAAUUAUUUUGUUUCGGUCGGAUGGACCCCACUUUCCGCCACCGCCGAUCUCCCUCCUCCGACCGAUUCCUUGGCAUCUACUCCGCUCCCUCAGACGCAUCCGAGGCUGUCGAUGAUGAGCUGAACGAAGAUGAUAUUUUCUGGACCAACGACGACUCCACCGAAUCAAAUACUUUCACCACCACCAACAACACAGCCACUGCCACACCAACCGCCACCUUCUCCCCCGUCAACAAUCACAAUCGUUUUCAAUCCCUUUCCGGAAUUCUCGCGGCGUUACCUGAGCACGAUAAUAGUCCCGUGCUUUACCGCAAAUCCUUGAUAUCGUCGCCAUCGUCGACGUCAGCGAAAAUGAUUCCGACGCUGCCGAAACCGCCGCAGACGGAGAGGUCGCAAUCGAUGCCAAUGAGAAAAUAUCAGCACUCGGCGCCGAUGAACGUACCGGUUUUGUCGAUUGCUAUGGCGAAACGGAGGAAUAGUAGGUUUUUUGAGGUAGAUGAGGAGGAUGGAGACGAUGAGAUGUUGCCACCUCACGAGAUUGUAGCUAGGGGCUCCGGGAUGUCGCCGAAGACGACGUUUUCGGUAUUGGAAGGAGUCGGGAGGACGUUGAAAGGGAGAGAUCUGCGGCAGGUGAGAAAUGCUGUGUUUCGUCAAACAGGUUUUCUUGAUUGAUGAAACCUUAAAAUGUACUCAAAUUAAAUUAAAUUUACCUGCUGCUUCUGUUUUAUUAUUGUAUCAAUUUUGUGAAUUGAUUAGAAGGGAUGUUUCUUCAUUUUCUUGAUCCAUUUUUGUCCUCCAAUGGAAAUAACAGUGGUGCCUUUAGAUUUUAUCA